AUGGGCGGACCAGCGCAUCACGAACCCUUCAAGGCCCUCGGCCCCAUCUCCUGGCCCACCGAUCUCGCCGGCAGACCCGACUCCGACCUACAAGCCCUCAUGACCUCCACCUUCUCCGACGCCCAAACCCUCGUCGACUCGAUCCCGAUACCACCCAGCGUCGCUGCCGCCACGGCGAAAGCCGGUGCCGCCCACGGCCGCGCCCGAUCAGCAACCGACUCGGUCGUAACCCAUCAUACAACCGGUUCCGGUUCCGGCUCCCACCCCAUCAAGCUCUCAGCGGAAGCAGCCGAAACAGCCACCAAGCUUCGCAAAGAGUGGAAGGAGUGCAAAGUUUCCAACACGAAAGAGAACCCGCUCGGCAUUAACGUGUACAAGCUCUCGGCGAAAGACGGAAAGGGGGCCUGGUUCGCGCGGAGGAGCGUCCACAAGGAUGUGGCCUUUGACAAGUGGCGAGCUGGGCUGGAGAGUGAGUUCGCUGAAAGUAUCAAGCGGUACCAGGAGAAGGGGACGGAGCCGGGGACGGGGAAUAUUAGAGGUAUUGGAGGGGAGAAGAGGCUUGAGCGUGUGAGGGUGUUCCUGGUGAGCGCGAGGUUUCCUGGGCCGACUACGCCUAGGGACUUUGUCACUUGUUUGAUGAUGCCUGGGCCUGGGGCUGGUGCUGGUGGAAGUUCCUCUGCCUCGAAAAAGGGAGGACCGCGGCAGCCGAGACAGUUCAUGUUGGUCUCGAGACCUUGCGAACACCCAGAUGCCCCGGCUAGGUCCAACUUCAUCAGAGGACAGUACGAGUCUGUCGAGGUUAUCAGGGAGAUACCGCUGGAUAGGCCGUUGAGAAAGACGAAAUCUUCUGCGGAACUCAGUAGGGAGGAGUUUCACGAGAUGAAGGAUGCGCUGGAUCAGGCAGGCGUGGAUGACAUCAAAAAGGAGGCUGUGCUGCGGUCUGCUAAGCAAGCGUCGGCGGCGGCGGCAGACGGCGUUGAUGAUCGUGGCAGAUCUUCUUUUAAGGGAGACGAUGAUGACCAACAGUUUGCUGUCGAGUGGCUCAUGGUGACACGCAGUGACCCCGGAGGCAGUGUGCCUAGGUUCAUGGUCGAAAGGGGAACUCCUGGCGGUAUAACUAAUGAUGCCGCGCGUUUACUGGACUGGCUGUCGACCAAAAGUAUUGAGGAGCUUGCCGGAAGCAGUGAUGAUGAGGUGCCGGAGAAAACGACCCAGGCUGUCCCGCAACCUGGUGCAGCUACGACGGUACCAAACGAUGUUCAGCGCAAGGACGUUACCAUACAACAGAAAAGGACUGCUGGCGUCGAUAAGGUCGACCAUGCCCAAUCCCCGUUACGAGAGUCAGAGGCUGUUGAGGAAGAAACCCCUGCUUCGCAGUCGAGUGGCCUCUACGGUAUGUUGACCGGUGCUCUCGGCGCAGCAGGCAAUGCCGUCGCCAACAAAGUUGCCAACUUUGCCGGCACCACCAACGACACCGAAGAUGACACCGCUUCACUCGCUUCCUCCACCUCUUCCUCUGUCAUUGAAAGCGACACAUCAUCCAUCCGCAGCUUCGUCUCCGCCACGGAAGGAGAAGGCCACGCCGUCAACGCAUCCGGCCAAUCCCUCAACGGCAACGGCGACAUCAGUACCAACGAUCCCACCAGCGCGACCUCCCUCCGUUCCGACCUCUCCGCCACUGAAUCCGCCUCCUCUCUCCAGCCCACCACCACCGGCAAAAACGGCAGCAUCCACCUCCCCGAUCACUACUCCGCCCGGCGCGAAAAGCACGAAAAGGAAGUCCGCAAGCUCGAAGAGCGCCACCGCAAGGCCGAAGAGAAACUGCAUCGUCUCCAAGCCAAAGAAGCCGCCAAGCGGCGCGAGCAAGAAGAGAAGGGACUCGCCGCCGCCGCUGCUGCUGCCGCCCUCGAUGACGACACCGCCUCCAAGCACAGCAAGAGCAGCAAGGCCGCGCACGAGGACGCUCGCCUCGCCAAGCUGCGCGAGAAGCACGAGCGCGAGAUCGCCAAGCAGGAAGAGAAGUACCAGCGCGAGCUGACGCGGUUGGAGCAGCACCGGCUGCGGGAGGAGCGGAAAGCGAAGGAGAAGCUGAGGAAGGCGGCUGAGAAGGAGGAGAAGGCCAACGUGCUGAGGGAGAUGGAGAAGGUCAAGGCCGAGAGGGAUCUGGCGUUGAGGCAGAUGGAGAUGCUUAGGGAGCAGGUGGGCGAGUUGCAGAGGCAGAAUACCAUGUUGGCGGCGAGGUUAGGGAAGUAUGAGGGGCCUGGGGCUGGGGCUACUGGAAGUGAAGUGGUUGGGGCUGGCACGGCUGGGGAGGUGCAGGGUCCAGGGGCAGUUAAGAACGGCAAUGGCGUUGUGGGGGCGUAGGAUGGAACAACACCUCGCUGGUCGAGGAGAGGAAGUAUUUCGGGGAGAGGUGGAAGGGGAGGGAUCAUUAGGAUGGGGAUGAUGAAGAGGAGGAUGACGGGUUGAUGGUUUGAUGGGUUUAUGAAUGGGAUAUGAGAACACGAGGAGGGGAUACCUUUUCUUGGUACUAGCAGUAAUGGAUUAUCACCGGUUGCGAUUGUUGUCUCCUGAGUAUCAGUUUCUUGUUGCAAGACGGUCCUGUUUAGUGUAUGCGUUUGGAAGAUGUGGUUACUACCUGGCAAUGCUAUCAGCGUUAUGUUAUGAAGAGAAUACACUGGAGAUUAUUGCUCUUUAAC